AUGCCUCAAAAGUUGAGUUUUCUCCAGGGCAUAGGCGGCACCAAGUUGGAUCAGUGUAUGCCUUUUAAGCUGCGCCGUGUACUAAGUGUGAUUUUUGGGGUCACGGAAAUGAUUUUCUUUGGAGGUAUUUUUUACGGAAUGAAUGCUCUUUUCCCUGUUCUCCAAAAAGAAGACAUUUUUGCUAACCUUUGUCCCAGCAGUACUAACCACAGUGGAUGCGAUAAACAAAUCAAUAUGUAUGCCAACGCACUUACCACAUACUCUGUGGUCAUGAUGGUCAUGUUAAUUGUCAUUGGUACUCUGAUCGACUACAUUGGUCUACGCUUAGUCAAAUUGGCAUCAACUCUGUUAUAUUUCGUUGGUAUGCUAAUGUUUGGCUUUGUUACCCCUUCUACUUCACCACUGAUCUUUGUUGGGGGAACGUUGGCUGCUGUUGGUGGCAUGGGUAUGAUGGUUUGCACAUUCAGUGUAAAUCAACUGUUUACAAAAACCGCUGUAGUCGUACUUGCCUUCGUGACAGGCUCUUAUGAUGCUUCCUCAGCGCUUUUCGCUAUCGUAAACUUGACCUAUAGUGCUGGAAUACCUCUACGUAUUACCUUUUUGAUCCUUGCCUGUUGUGGCCUUGCUAUGAGCACUUUUAGCUCCUGCUUUAUCUACUCAUAUUGGCUAUCAGACAUGGGGAAGUACAAGAACAAAGUUAACACUCUUGAUGUUCUUGAAGAAGAGGACAGUAAAUCGUCUGGUGAACAGGAGCUAGAGAAGAAGGACUCAUAUGAAUUGGCGGCAGAAGGCAAGGAGAAAGAGAGUGAACUUCCACUUGAUGCUGCAGCAGAUGCCGUUCUGUCAGAGCUCUUCCAGACUCGUCUAAAGUCACUCAGAUCCCUACCAUUUUUUGUGUGCACAAUGUAUUUUGCACUGGCACUCCUGAGAUUUACCUUUUUCUUGGGAGAACUCACUCCCGCUGCUAAUGCUCACUUCCAAGAUAGCUCCACCACAGAUCGCAUAGCAAACACCCUAUCCUUUAGCCUCGCGGGAGGCAUUUUGGCUGGUCUUCUGUGUGGUACUGUUAUUGACAAACUAAGAGCCAUUUAUCGACCAAAAAUUUCCCAUAUCCUCAGUUUGGAGGCCUCACAUGACCGCACUCAAGCAUUAUUGUGGAUCAAGUUGCGACCUAUGGCCUUCUCUAUGUACAUAAUGGCCACUUUCUCUUUGAUAGUCAGCUGUCUAGUCUUUGUGCCCGUAGAGGAAGUCUACUAUGUGAACUUUUUCUUUCUUGUUCUCAUGCGAGGUUUUCUGUUCAGCACCUUCUCCUCUUCUGUCAUCGCUGCCUUCCCAAUCGCUCAGUUUGGCACACUCUAUGGUAUUGGUGGGUCACUUGCUGGUGCAUUUUCAUGUCUUCAGUAUGCACUCCUUAUACCCCCACCAAUGAUCGGCAACGGCUGUGCUUUGGCCAUCGCUGUACUGCUCUUCAUUCCACCCACUAUUAUCCUCUUCAAAUCACUGGUCUGCGAUAGUCGAACAAAGCGCGAGUCUCGACGAAUCCUAUAA